AUGGACGAUCCAUGGGCCAAUGCAUGGGGUGAACCUUCCAAGACAAGUCCGCACUCGCUAACAUCCACCUCUGCUUGGUCUGUUCCCGCCAUCUCCACAACACAGAGUGACCAUGACACCGGUGAAGGCGAUCUCUCGCUCCCUUCUUGGUCUGCACAACCAACAACAACACAGUGGAAUGACCCGGAUACUUCUGAAGCAUUGUGGACCAAUGACGCAUCUACCAUCUGGAAUCCGUUUACUUCAACAAUUGACAAGGGGUCUUCGAGUCCUGAUUCCCAGUCUGAAAAUAACGUUUCCCUGUCCGAGCCAACCAAUGAUGUGGAGAGGUCUUUAGGCUCUGUGACUCCUAAGGAUACUAUCGCGUUUGGUUCGCCAACAUCGACAACUUCGGACACACCACCACCACCACGUUCCCCUCAGAUAAUCCCUACAUUACCUCCCGCUCUCUCUACUGGACCUGUGGAUGAUCUUGACGCAUUCGGUACAUUUGAAACAGCUAAUGAAGGUGCAGACUCCGAAGACUGGUCAAUAUCUAGACCCGGCUUCUCUAUUCCUUCUGCUGAUGCCGCUGUUUGGGAUGGGCCAUGGGAGACAUUAUCUGCUCCAACAACUUCAGAUGCGCAAAGUACAGCCAAUCUGGACGUGGAUGAUGCUUGGGAAGUAGCUCGCCGACAAAAAGAAAAACAAGAUGAACAUGUCCCACCAGAGCUAUUGGCCUCAAUUCUUCAACAGUUCGAAAGUUUAUCUGAAGAUCUAUGGUCCGACUCCACGCCGUCUCGGACUGACGCUCUUGGCUCACAACUCCCUACAGAUAUGGAAGAACAUCUUGGUCUAGCCCCUAUCGUCGUUAGACUGGUUCCCGAAGGCUUGACACUUCCUGUUAGUGAACCAUUUUCGAAAACAUUUACUUCGAAGCAAAUGUCUGAAGCUCUCAAAAUGACGCGACACACACACUUGACAAGAAUUAGUCCAAUGACGUUCUACAUGUCCUCAAAGGGAUUAACUUCUUGGGAAGCCUCCGUGAAGGCAAAGCCUACUUUUUUACAAGAAGACUUUACUCCGGCAGGCUGGCGAAUACUGGAAACUCAGAAGCCUGAGGCGUCGCCCGCAGAUGAUGGCAAAAAGAAAUCCAGUGGGGGGCUUCUCUCAUUCUUUGGAAGGAAGACAACGAAUUCUCCUUCGGAUAAUCAGAACGUAACUGCUGCAAGGUCGUCCUCGCCAAUAAAUCUCUCGGGUACAUCUUCUGUUAGGCCAGGAACAUCUCCUCGCCCAAGCAUUGACAGCAGUCGUCGCAGUAUAAGUCAAAGUCAGGCUGGUAGUUCCACUGCCCCACCUUCGCCUAGUGUUGUAACAUUUACUACAAAUACUCCCCCAGUCUCCGUUAAGGACGUUGAUAUCUCGCCAGAGCAUGUCACGGCCACAGUUGUACCAGCUGGUUCACCUGAUGCGGAAGUGGUGCCACAACCAUCGGCAGUAUCUCGAUUUCUGGGUCGAUUUUCCUCCCGUCCUUCAAAAUCAAAUGGUCGAGAUUCUCUGACUCUUUCGUCCGACGAUCUUGAAUUUCUCUCGGAUGUACCAACAGUGGACACAAGCCCGGAUUCAAGUAUGGGUUUAGAUGCGCUUAGCAUGAUGAUUAAAUCACCGCCCAUUCAGACUGCUUUACCUCCCCCACUGAAGCCGCCUCCUAGAGCUCCUCCACAGAUAUCCAUGCCCAUACCACAGGAAAAUCCUCCUGUUGAUGACUUUCUUUCUUUCUUUGAUAAUGAUAACAACAUGCAACCGGUUCCAGCUCAAUCCCAAUUGCCAAUAAAACCAGUGCCUACGCCACUUGUCAUGGGUUUCACAACCCAGGCUCUUCCUACAACCACUAAAACAAACUCUGUAAACACAUCAGAGCAAAUGCUAGACUUUAAAGGAAACGUCAAUCAACCUUGGCCCUCAUUUGACUACCCUUCUUCCACACCAAUGAAAAAACCUGCUCCGACAAAACGGCCAUUUGUCGCCAUAAUGUCGACCUCGUCAUCAAAACCAACAUCCGCUAAUCCCCCUCUCCUUCCAAAACCAACUUCAGGGUUUGUAUUAUCAAAUCCUCCAUCACUAAGCAGACGUACAACUGUCGGAUCUGGACCUGAGUCGCGCAGUAUAUCACCUUUGCCACCACCGCCCCCUUCACGAGCACAAUCUCACCUCCCACCUUUAAUACGGGAUAGUGUCCCUCCUCCACCACGGCCCUUAACAACAACUAUUGAAGACGAUGACUUUUCGGAGUUCCUUUCCUCCCCUUCUGAUAAUACACAAAGUCCGCAGUUAUCACUUGGCAAUUUUACACCAUCACAACCCAGUCUUAACCAAACUACUACUCAUUCCACCAGCAAUCUUUUUGAUGACUUUGACGACUUUGUUACCCCACCUCCGCAACCGCCUGCAAAGCCAAUUCCCCCAAAGUCAUCUUUUCCACUCAGUCGGUCGCCAUCUGUCCCAAAGAAUGCAAAUCAUGCGCAUUCAAACCAUCACAAACCGAUCAGAGUUGCUAACCACUCUAAAACUUUAAGCUUGAUGGAGAACGUAGCAGCACGCGGACGUUGGUUGGCGCCUCCUUCUCCACUUCCUGAAGCUUUACCUCCACCCGAGGCAAAUGGUGUAUCUUCUACUGUCGACUUUUUCUCCAGUGGAUCGUCGAUGCAAGAUCAACAAGCAAAAGCUACUGCUUCACUUACUGCCAUCGCUGCUGCAUCUUCAACUAGCCAGCAGCCUCCACUGUUGAACUUCGGGCCCCCACCGGCGUCAAAUAGUACACUCCUCACACCUAUUCCACAAUCGGCGCAGGCUACCUUUCCUCCUGCUACAAAAUUACAACCUUUCAUGACGCCACUGGCUGCGCAGCCUAUUUUGCCUGCUUCAAAUGGAACGAAGACAGGUGGGCUGUCAGCCCAAGAUUUGUCUUUCUUCGAAGGUCUGUGA